GUUCAACAGUAUUCUGAAACGGAGGAAGUAUUAAGUUUCACGGGCAUUUUCAAAAUCCCAACAACUCGUGCUCCCUGAUCACCAAAGUCGGGCACCAUGAUCAUGCUCAAGAGGAAGAAGGAGCAGGCCGAAAGGGAAGCGGCUGCGGCUGCUGCGGCAGCUGCAGCCGCCGCUCCAUCAGGCACAGAUGACGGUGUGCCUGCACCAGCUGACGAUAGCACCGCUAGCACUGCGGACGGUGCCGCGCCACCCGCUCCAGGGGGGGUCAAGAUCAUGGGCCUUGGUCGCGGAACGCGCAAGUCCAAGGAAAAGAAGCGUACUCCCGGUGAAAUCCGCAUUCAAAAAGACAUUGCCGAGUUGGACGGUGGGUCUGCCGCAGUCGUUAGCUUCCCCGACUCGAACGACCUGACUAACUUUCAAGUUCGUAUCACCGUCGACACGGGGCUCUGGACUGGUGCCGCGUACAACUUUACGUUCAAAAUCCCAUCGUUCUACCCCCAUGAGCCGCCGAAAGUGCGUUGCGUGACCAAGAUCUACCACCCGAACAUCGACCUCGACGGCAACGUGUGCUUGAACAUCCUCCGCGAAGACUGGAAACCCGUGCUGGACAUCAACGCCGUCAUCUACGGCCUCAUCUAUCUCUUCUACGAGCCCAACCCGGACGACCCGCUCAACCGCGAGGCCGCCGAGAUGUUCCGCAACGACCCCCGUCGGUUCCAAGACCUUGUCUCGCGCAGUUUGAGAGGCCAGUUUGUCCAAGGCAUCCAGUUCGACCGCCUCGUCUAGCUCAACUCCGUUCUAGACGCUGUCAAGAUGCAUAUGGUGUCAACCAUUCAAUGACAUGGGCCACUUCAGGCGAAGUACUUUUAACAACGCAACCAGGACAAGUCUUGUGCCAUUCGAUCGCAUCCUUGGCUUGUACUAUACCUACUUUACACUACUAUAUACUAGUACUACGUAGUAUAUACGGGUAAAUGCUGCGUUCCUAGUUAGUACAGUUUAAAGGUCAUCGCAUAAUGUACGUACGCUG